AUGGAGUUCCUGCAACACUCGACGGCCGAGAGAAAGCGGGCCGUCUUUCUAGAAGGCGGAACAUGCGGCGCUAAGCUCAUGUGUCUGGAGGCAAUCGGAAAGGCAUACACGGCAGGGAAUCUGGAAAAAGCGGCAGCCAUCUUUGACCGACUUAUGAGCCAGGGCCUCAAGAGCUUUGCCGAUGACGGAUUUGAUGUGGACUCAAUUAUCGACCCAAAAUCGAGUGACACAUGGGCCGGGAACACCGACAUCAACAAGGAUGUUUGGGCAAACAAGGGUAGCGAAGCCAACCGAAGGGAGGACGAUGAUGAGAUGGAAGAUCCAAUCACGAAAGCCAUGCGGGCUGCUGAUGCGCUCGAUAUGGAAACAGAAAACCUUCAGCCUCCCAAUCAUGACGUUGACUUCAGCGUGCCAUUGGAUUUGGGACUGAUUCGGCCACGUGCAAGAAGCUUGAGCAUGUCGGUCGUUGAGAAUAUGGUUGCCGCUCCCGACGGAGUGAUCCGAGAGAGGGAAGUCGAUUUUGACAUGUCUGCGGCUGCAAACACAAACGCAUUCCAGCUACUCCCAUCACCGCUUCUCUUCCCGUCGAAGUCUGCAAGAAUAACAACAGCAACGUCUUUCUUGGCAAUUUCCCCUCCGAAGAACACCACUCAGGGGCAGCUUAGGAAAGCAAGGUCUUAUGAGCCUCCCCAGAACCGGAGGGAGAUCAGAUUCGAUCUCAGGGUGGAUGAUUUCGACAAUGCGCAGAUGGCUUCCAUGGCGUCUACAAAGGUGUCUGCCCAACACUGGGACGCAAGGGAGGAGUUGACAGAUGGCGCAGGUAUUGGCGUCGCAACCACGUUGCUGGGAUCAGGUACCGGUACCGAAGACAAAGACCGAGAAUGGGACGGCACAGCAAGCUUAUCGAAUUACUCAACGGCCACCCCUACAGCCCACGAUGCAACCCACCACGUGGGAAGCCACGCGACGGUAUCUCCUAAACCGCCACGGUUCCACGUCCCGCUUCGAAAUUUGUUCGAGAAAAAGCCAAGGACGGUUGAAGGGCUGAACCUUGACAACGAGGACGGCGUUAUCGGAACCGAAGGGCAGCGAACAUCAUCGGAUGAAACGACGAAGCCUUUUGAGCCCCUCCUACCCUUCAAUGAGCAUUACGUGAUCCACUUCUCAAACGGCAAACCUGAUGACCAGUUCAGCUUCGUGUCCAGUCGCUACAAAGACUGCUUCGACGCCAAUCACCAACCAUCCACCUCGACCGAUGCGCCAAACACGGAUGCGACAGCCAUAAGCCUUCACACCAAGGAGAACUUGAGAGAUAUGACCUCCAUCGAACACAACAUGUAUCCUGCUUCCGAGUAUGACCCUUAUCGUUACGAAGAACAGCCCAAGCCGGCGCCGCAGUCAACCACACCUACCCCUGGCUACGUCUUCCCCGCUUCUUUCCCGAUAACACCAGCACCGUCAGCAAGCAGGUUCCAUGACCUGUCUACCCACAACAAGACUGCCGUCUGGGUGCAAAACACCCUUCGAUUGGUCCUCGACAACCAUACUCGUGUCGAGGAGAUUGAUUACCUCUCCUUGGCCUCCGACUCACCAGAUCCGCAAUUGCGCAGUAUCUGGUCGCCCUUGAUGUGCGCCGAAAUGGACCAGCAAAAGGAAGAGGAGAGGAAGGUCGACCUCAUAUUGGCCAUUGGCGCCGAUGCCGGUGUCAAGAAGGACUUCAAGCAAACAGUCAUGGCCAAGAUUGAGCAGCUUGGGUUUCCUUCCAAUGGUGACGGGAUGUCGAGAAGCGGGCGAUUGGGUUUGCGAUAUCUGAUAGCAAACGCUAUGCAAACCUUCACCUCCCAACCGUUGAUGCAGCAGUCCAAGGAGAACCCCUUCUCCAAUCCCACGCUUCUGGCGAGCCUCAUCAUUCCCCAUAUCGACACCUACUUGCGUGGAAACGACAACGUCCAGGUCCUUCUUAUCGAAUUCCCGGUUGAGCACUUGUCUACCAUGUUGGCUAUGCAGAAGCUCAUGGGGAGCCAGGUGAUGAAGGUGGUUGGUAUUUCCAAGGAAGCGGAUACGACUAUGUUCUCGAUGGCCGACUAUCGAUUCUCGGCUACGGCACCCGAAGCUGAGGUUUCAGAGUGUGUUGGGGUUAUUCGUGAUACUUUGGCCUCCAUUUCGGACUUCUACAAGACGAGUGAUGUGUCAACUGCCAUUGAUGUCCAAGGGGAGAAGGAGGUCACGGCGAGGCCCUUGAGCACCAAGAGCAGCAACCUAACAAGCUCCAGCAUUCCGCCCCUGCUCCCACCACAACACUCACCACGCCAUAAGCCAUCACCCGCGGUUAUCCCAACAUUUGCCGCCAUGGCCACUCCUCCCCCGCCCCUUCUCCCUGCUUCUCCAACGGACACCUACAACCACACCCACGCCUACGUUCACAGUAACGGCCAAAGCCACGGCCAUGGCCACGGACAGAUCAACACCUACAUACCCGCAACUGCCAUUCACCUACCCACAACUCGCUCCAUCUCCCCUCCUCCCUGCUCCCACUGCUCAUCAACCCUCAGCACAUCAAUAACCCGCAGCAACACGCUAAUAAGCCACGACACAGUUCCCGUAGCGACCCGAACGGUGAUCCCACCACAAUCUCCCCAUUCUAUAACCAGAGAGAGAUCCCAACGGCCUAGCAUCAGCGGCGGCAGCGGCAGGAGACCAACACCAGCCUCACCCUCCGGAUCCAGCACUGUCAUUCCGCGCACCAGGGCAUGGAUGCCGUCAACCAUCAGCACAGCUACCAGUUGUGUACAAGGUCAGGGACAAGGGCAAUGGCAGCAAAUACUUCCACCACAUAUCGUCCCUGUUAUCACCACCACUACUGCUACAACACCAAACGCAGCAGCGGCAACAGCAGCAACAAAUAACAGACUCCAAUCCCCCCUCUCCCUCAACUCCUCCGACCCACUCUCUUCGGGAGCAUCAACCUCCUCCCUCCUGUCAACCGGAGAAACAGAAACCGACUUCAACUCCGAUUCCCAUCUCGAUUCCGACGAUCAAGACAACGCAGACCAGCUAGAGUCAGACUCAGACCCAGACCCCUUCGACUUUUUCGAAAUCGACUUUGAAGAGCGGCGCUUGAUGCCCAUGUUUCUGAAAUCACAAAUUGAGGCGCACGUUGCCUCUUCCGGAGGUGGAGCAGCAGCUAUGCAGGGUCAUCGCAGCCCCGUGGGAAUGGGAAACAGGGAGGUGCACAUCGGUAGUGGCAGUGGUCAUGGUAACGGUAACGGUAACAUCGAAAGUGAUGAACCAAAAACCAGCUUCAGCAUCGACACGAGGAGUGAGAAACGACAACUCGGCCAGGACGGAAAGAAGGGCAAGAAGGACAAGAAAGGUGGCAAGGACAAGAAGAAGACCACAGGAGCGGGCGGAAGGAACAGCGACAACGGCAACGAGAAAGCGACGACCGCGGCACCGGAAGCGGAUGGAAAUCUUGCCGAGAAACCCAGCAAACUGAACAAUAACAACAACAACAACAACAACAACAACCUCAAAAAGAAGAAACAGAACACCAAGAAGAAGACCGCGCCCAACAGGCCUCUGACACCCAGCCACCAGAAUCAGCCAGACCCGGGUAAUGGAGGUGGAAAUAAUACUUACACAAGCCCGGUGUCGAGGAAAACUACCACGACGAUCUUCGACCAGCACGCAUCUCAUUCUCCUGGAGGCGGAGGUAUGGCGG